AUGGGGCCAGUCGCCUACUUCGGCCUCAGCCUCCUCGGCUGCCUGAUCUUUAACCCCUCGCUGGAAGGAAUAGGGGCCACUUCCUGUCGUAGUGGCUGGAUGCACUACCAACAACACUGCUAUGGGCUCUUCCCCGAAAAGGUGUCCUGGACAGAUGCUGAGAUGGAGUGUCAGCAUCACCGCAAGGGGGCCCAUCUCGCCACCAUUCUCACUCCGGCAGAAGGGAACAUGGUGGCCAGAUACAUCAGCAAGUCAGGCUUCACGGAUGACGUCUGGAUCGGACUCCACGACCCCAACCUCAACGGACACUGGAUGUGGACAGAGGGCUCCCGGUAUCGCUACAAAGCUUGGAACGCCGAGGAACCAAACAACACGUACGAGGAGUAUUGUGUUGAGCUGGUGAACCACAGUGAUUUUAAGAAGUGGAAUGAUAGGAAAUGUGAAAAGGAAAACGCCUACCUUUGCAAAUAUGAACUCGAGCGACGGAAGUAGCUCGCCUGCGCCUGAAGGGGGAGCUCAGCGCCUGGGAUGCAAAAGAACUGGGCUCCUUGGGCAUGAUCAGACAAGGUCCCAGACUUUUCGAUGCCUUUGCUGCAUCAAGGGCCUGUCCCCUCCCUCCCUGAGAGACCAGAUCUAGCUUCCCCACCUGCAAACUCUCUUCCCCCAAGUGUCUCUGUUCUAGUUACCCACGUGCCCCUUCCCUCCCUUCCCCUCAGUGCAUGUAGCCCACGACAAGAAUAAACUCUCCUG